AUGGCCCAAAACUCAUCCGACCGUCUCUCCAAGAUACCGAAGCUUAAAGUACCAACAAGUACUCCCACCGAUCCUUCUCAGCGUAGCCAUUCUCGUUCUAGAAACCUCCCGCAGCCUAUUUCCGCUAAAGGUAGCAAACAACACCGUCACCAUCCACACCAAGGAUUCAUUCACCCACCUCACGAUUCUACCUUAUUUUCCCCUACAAACAUGAGUUCUAGUCCAUCGAACCUAACGCAAAGUGAAGCUCCGGGUGUAAUUCCACCAUUCAUAUCACCCACGAUCCCUCAACCUCACAGCCAACCAUUUUCAGAUCAGGAUACACCGAGUGGAACAGAAGAUGGGACGGGAUUAGGUGUACCACCCAAUCUUGCAAGUGAUCUAGAAGUAGCAUUAAUGGAAGAAGUAGAGAAGAAUCCGGGAUUAGCGGAUGGAAUUCGAAUUGAGGAUUUAGCUGAGAGGGGCGAAGGAGGAAGUAAUUUAACACCGGGAGAACUGGGUAUUGAUAUCGAUGUAGAUGUAGAUAUUGAUCAAGUUUACGAGGACGAGAUAACAUGGGAGAGUGAUGAGGAAGAAGAAGAAGAACACUCAGUUGAAGAAAAAGACGAAGAAUACAUCGAAUCAUCUGAUUCCCCUGCAUCAUCCGAUUCGGGAUACGAUGAUACGCCCGCGCUGCAAAAUCCUGAUAUGAAUAUGGAUACGGAGCUGGAAUAUGAUGAGGGUUAUGUGGAGGGGGGAGAGGAUUCUAAUGGUGUUGGGUCUGUGGACGAAAUUGACUGGAAUGAUUUGUCGAAUGAUACUGAUGUCGAUCCGUAUGCGGGGAAUUUGAAAUCGGUAAAUAUUCCGGCGGGAAGUGAUACGCAAAUGGGUUUUGGGGGUGUGGAUAGGGAGGGUGAUGAUGGCGAUGCGGAGGGGGAUGGGGUGGACGCUUUGGAGCCUGAGGUGGAUGAGGCGGUGGAUGCGUAUGAGGGGGUUGAUGGGGCGCGGAAACGCAAAGAGGAUGAUGUUUGGUGGUGA